AUGGUCAGCUCCCGCUGUGGCUCUGUCUGCUCUGAGGAGGGCUGUGGCCAAGGCUGCUGCCAGCCCAGCUGCUGCCGCCCCAGCUGCUGUGUGUCCAGCUGCUGCAGACCCAGCUGCUGUGUGUCCAGCUGCUGCAGACCCAGCUGCUGCCAGCCCAGCUGCUGCAGGCCCACCUGCUGUGUGUCCAGCUGCUGCAGACCCAGCUGCUGUGAGUCCAGCUGUUGUAGGCCCAGCUGCUGUUGCAGGCCCACCUGCUGUGUGUCCAGCUGUUGCAGGCCCAGCUGCUGUUGCAGGCCCACCUGCUGUGUGUCCAGCUGUUGCAGGCCCAGCUGCUGUUGCAGGCCCACCUGCUGUGUGUCCAGCUGUUGCAGGCCCAGCUGCUGUUGCAGGCCCACCUGCUGUGUGUCCAGCUGUUGCAGGCCCAGCUGCUGUUGCAGGCCCAGCUGCUGUAUGUCCAGCUGUUGCAGACCUAGCUGCUGCCAGUCUGUGUGCUGCCAGCCCACCUGCUGCCGCCCCAGCUGCUGCAUCUCCAGUUGUUGCCGUCCCAGCUGCUGUGUGUCCAGCUGCUGCCACCCCUGUUCUGGUGGUUCCAGCUGUUGUGGGUCUAGCUGCUGCAGGCCCAGCUGCUGCAUUUCUAGCUGCUGCCGCCCCUCCUGUUGCCAGACCACCUGCUGUCGCCCAGCAUGCUCUAGUGCUUCUUGUUGCUGA